AACACGGCGAGGAAAAAGCAAGAUGGCGUCUGACGGCGAAGACGUUAUUGCAGUCGUCACAGUUCAGUGUUCUUAAUCUGUGCCUCCAUGUACACAUAUAUGUCCUUUAUUAGACUCUAGUAAAUAGAGUAAACAUCGUUAAUAACUGUUUGCAUCCGGUUAUAUUAGUCUGAGCGCACUUUGAUGCUUCUCGAGCUAGCUUAGCUUGCUAGUUAGCUUAGCUUGUUAGCUGCUAACAAAGAGAGGCGGAAGUGAUCAAAACACAUCGCUAAGCAGAGAUCAAGUGUGAGAGUAAAGUGUUGUGAUUGUGUGAAAAUGUGCGAAAGAACGAUAGCAGAGUACGAGGAGAAACUUUGUCCAACAAAAGAGGAGAAGAAGCGACAACAUCAAAAACCUCAAGUUGUGUUACACAGAACAGACGUUGAAGAAGAACCUCUACUCCAUGAGCAGGAGGAGAAACCACAGUCCCACCACAUACACAAGGAAGAAGAGGUACCACAUUCCCAACACAUUAAAGAGGCAAGAGAGGAGCCACAUCCCCCCCACAUUAAAGAGGAAGACAAGACGCCACAGACCCAUCGUGUUAAACUGACCCUUCACAUUAAAGGGCAAGCGGAGGACCCACUUAUCUUACACAUCAAAAAGGAAGAGGAGGACCCACUGACCCCUCACUUUAAGGAGCAAGAGAACCCGCUGACCCCUCACAUUAAAAAGGAAGAAGGGGACCCACUGACCCUCUACUUUAAAGAGAAAGAGGAGGACCAAGAGCUGCUGCACAUUAAAGAGGAAGAAGAGGAACACUGCAUCAGUCAGCCUAAAUGGUUGGUGGAGUUCCCAGUGACUGGUGUCCCUGUGAAGAGUGAAGAUGAUGAGGUCAAAGGUGAAAGUGAGGAGAGGGGAGGGGCGGAGCCUCCAAGCAGCAGCUCAACACAACACAUGACAACAGAAGCUGAUGGAGACCACUGUGGAGGAUCACAAGCAGACAAGCUCUUAGCUCCACUAUCAGAUAGUGAGGACACAACGUCACACUCUCCUGACACUGAUGAUGAAGACUCUAAAGAUGAUAAGACAUGUCACACUGACAACACUCACUUCACAUGUUCUCACUGUGACAAAACCUUUAAAUACCAUUGUCAUCUGAAAGUACACAUGAGAAAACACACUGGAGAAAAAACUUUUAUCUGUUCAAUAUGUGGUAAAGGUUUUGUUGAAAAUCGGGGUUUGAAAAAACACAUGAGAACACACAAUGGUGAAAAACCUUUUUCUUGUUCAAUCUGUGGUAAAGGUUUUGCACAAAGUCAACAUUUGAAAAGACACAUGAGAACACACACUGGAGAAAACCUUUUUACCUGUUCAAUCUGUGGUAAAGGUUUUGUUGAAAGUCUGGGUUUGAAAAAACACAUGAGAACACACACUGGUGAAAAACCUUUUUAUUGUUCAAUCUGUGGUAAAGGUUUUACUGCAAGUCAGAAUUUGAAAAGACACAAGAGAACACAUACUGGUGAAGAAUCAUAUUCCUGUUCAAUCUGCAACAGAAGCUUUUUUCAACGAUCAAACCUUGUCAGACACAUGAGAAAACACCUAGGAGAGAAAGUGUUGAGUUGCAGUGUGUGUGGUGAAAGAUUUUCUUCUAAGUACCAGUGUAAGAAACACAAGUGUGCUGGUGAGAACAGAAGCAGCAAAUGAAACUGCAGGAUUUGAAAUAAACUGUCAAGACUUUAAUUUUGACUUUCUAACAACAUCAGCACAUAUAACAUUUGUGACAUUGUUGUUUGUUUGACGAUCUUUUUAAAUGCUCCUACAUUUAUAGAUUAGAUGUUUUAUAUUAGUGCUUUUUUUCAGUCAAGUACAUCCAUUAAAAUGCAAUUGUGUACUUUUAUUUAAAAUGUAAUGGAAAAAAUUGACUGAAAAGGUGAGAGUAAACAGUACAACACAUUUUACAAACAUUUUUUUAAUGUGUAUAUAUAUUAAUACAAUUUUAUACUUAUUCAUAAUAGUGUUUUUUAUAGGUCUUUGAAAUAUUGAAGCAUUAUAUACAUAUUUAUUUUAAUUGUUAAUGAUCCCAUAUAUUAGCACCUUUAUAUGAUACACAUAUAAUAUACAAUGUAGAAAAGCGCUUUACAACAAGUGUAACCCAUUUAUCAUGUAUUAACAUUGUUUUGGCGUGGCGCAGUGGGAGAGUUGCCAUGCGCAACCCGAGGGUCCCUGGUUCAAAUCCCACCUAGUACCAACCUCGUCACGUCCGUUGUGUCCUGAGCAAAACACUUCACCCUUGCUCCUGAUGGGUGCUGGUUGGCGGCUUGCAUGGCAGCUCCCUCCAUCAGUGUGUGAAUGUGUGUGUGAAUGGGAAAAUGUGGAAGUAGUGUCAAAGCGCUUUGAGUACCUUGAAGGUAGAAAGGCGCUAUACAAGUACAACCCAUUUAUCAUUUAUCAUUUUGUACUGGUUAACAUCUGAAACAUUUUCUGGACCACUUUAGGAAGCAUAUUAUUAUUUACUAGGCUCUGGCAUAUAUCAGUAACGUAUCAUUUCUAACCAGCAAAUUCCCUGACAAAAUGAAAAUUGCAAAAGUCGUACCAAUUUAUAAGAAUGUAGACAUACACCAGUUUACUAUUACAGACUAGUUUCAUUUUUUCCACAAUUCUCCAAAAUCACGGAAACACUAUUCAAUAGCCCAAUAGAUAUAUUUAUCAACAAAAGUGGGACGCUCAUGUAGAACCAAUAUGGGUUCUGAGAAAAUAUCUCAACAUCGAUGGCAUUAAUCAAAAUAACAGAGGGAAUUACCAAUUCAAAAAUGGUAAGGAAUGCGCGGCCGCAGUAUUCAUGGCCUUAACAAAAGCAUUUGACACAAUUAAUCAUAAUAUUUUAAUACAAACAUUAUAACGAUAUAUGGCAUCAGAGGUUUGGUCUUGAACUGGGUAAGAAGCUAUUUAACCAACAGGAAGCAAUAUGUGAAGAUGGGUGAAAAUACGUCAGCACGGCUAGAUAUAUCUUGUGGUGUACCCCAGGGAUCAUCACUGGGACCAAGAUUGUUUAAUCUUUAUAUAAACGACAUUUGUAAAGUUACAAAGGACUUAAUGUUAGUUUUAUUUUCAGCCGACACAACUGCUUUCUGUUCAGCAGAGAGAACACACAGAAGAUAGUACAAAUAAUAACAGAAGAAAUGAACAAAUUAAAAAAAUGGUUUGACAAAAACAGACUAUCUUUGAAUCUCAGUAAAACUAAAAUAAAGCUAUUUGGUAACAGUAGAAAAGAGCAUCAUACAAAAAAAAAAUAGACGGAGUAGACAUUGAAAGGGUAAAAGAAACCAGAUUUUUGGGAGUAUUAAUAGAUGAUACAAUGAACUGAAAAUCUCAUAUUCAAAAUAUACAACAUAAGGUGGCAAAAAAAAUUUCAAUAAUGAAUAAAGAAAAAUACGACCUGGGCCAAAAAUAUCUUCAUAUUCUCUACUGCUCGCUAGUGUCACCAUAUCUGACUUAUUGUGCAGAAAUAUGGGGAAAUAACUACAAAUGUGCACUACACUCGAGAGAGAGAACAUACAAACCCUUUAUUUCUUAAGUCAAAAAUAUUUAAGUCCGAUUAUUUGGUAAAAUUGCAAACAACUAAAAUUAUGUACAAAGCAAAUUACAACUUCCUACCAAAGAACGUACAACAGUUCUUCCCAACUAAAGAAGAGAAAUAUAACCUGAGAGGAAAAUUUAAUUUAAAACAUGUGUAUGCACGUACAACACUUAAAACCAAUAGCAUAUCUGUAUGUGGAAUUAAAUUAUGGAAUGUAUUAAAUAAUGAAGUUAAACAUUGUACUGAUAUGAUCCAGUUUAAGAAGCUGUUUAAAUUAAUAGUGCUUACAAAGUACAAAGAAGAAGAAUUAUGGAAAAACCCUUUUAACCCUAUUCAAAAUUAGAUAUUCUUCAUCUCAGUGUGCUAAUAAUAACUGAAUUAAUUACUUAAGUAUUACAAAACUGUUGUAUUACCCAUUCACAGAUGUCAUUUUACUAUUUUACUAUAAAAAAGGUCAGUAAAUGAAUGUAUAUAUGUGUAAACGCUCUGAAGUGGUAAAGGGAUAGGAUUAAAUAAGCUUUGCUUCUUCCUACUCCUUUUCAGACAUGAUGUAAUGUGAAAUUAUAUGAAAUUGUCCGAUGUAUUAUCUUGUAAGUUUGUUCAUGUUCAAAAUAAACUAAAGAAAAGAAAGAAA